AUGACCCUGUUCCUUGGUAACUGCUUUGCUCUGGCAUAUUUCCCCUACCUCAUAGUGUACAAGAACUCUAAACUAUCAGAGUACAGUUCGUUCUGGCAGUGUGAAAGCGCGAGGUGUAACUGUUUGACACAGCUAUGCAAGAUGAUAAUCCUGGCUACCUUCUUCCCCACCUACGAAGUACCAGUGGGGAAGAUUGACCUUCACGGUGAACUCAUGAAGGGAGCAGUGGAGCUGUUUGAUCUUAUCGGACUCUUCGUCAUUAUAUCUCAACAGAUUGGGAGAGGUGAUCUCAAAAUAUUAGGAUGGGCCAUGGCUGAGCUGAUCAGCAUGAGGCUCCUUCCUCUUUGGGUCGGAGCACGCGGUAUUGAAUUCAGCUGGAAGUAUAUCCAACUUAGUUUCGAGGCUAACAUCAGCUUGUUCUUCGACAAUUCAGAAAGUCCAUCACCGAUGGAGGUAGCUUUGCUAUCCACCGCAUACGCAGCGCAGCGGUAUGUGCCUUUCCUAAACAACGAGUUCUUCACUCGAGGAAAUUCCACUCUUGAGUACAUGGCAUCCAUACCUAGAGGAAAGAGUGAUAUUCAAAACGAACAACUUCUUCUUUUUUUCAUGGAUCUCCUUCCAACUGCGAUCGAGGAAAAUGUGUCGCCCUCUGCGUCACUUCAUCUGGAUGUUAACAAAGAUGAUCUCAACGUUGGCCCUGCAACUCCCGAAGACACCGAAAGGACAGUUAUUCUUAUGGAGAACCACACGGUCGCUCCCGAGACACUUAUUACUUGUGUUUGCUCAUCUUCCUGA